UUAUGAAAACUGGCGCGGUGGAAGACAAUAAACCUACUUGCAAAUCGACGGUCAAGGUCAGUUCGGCUAGACCUUUUAAGUCAAUUCGGGAAUGCGGACCGCCCAGACCCGUCGAGAUUCCCACAGAAGAACCUAUCAGAAAAGCCAAAGGUUGUCAGCGCUCGAAUCAGUGUCAAGAUUCCGGGGAGGAAAGUCUGUGCGGAUCUCCAAGUAACCUUCCGUUCCCUAGAUUGGAUGGAAAACUGCCACAACCAUCUGAUAAAUGCAAUAAGGGUUUUCUGGAUGAAUGCAAGUGCUUCUGCGAAACGGUCAUGAACGUCUUCGCUCCGCCGGUUAAUCCGAAGCAUUCACCGACGGAAUACUAUACGACAGGAAAAGUGGUACAAGAGAAGAAGGCUGAGGUUCAGACGGGCAAGGUUGUAUCGUGUAAGCAAUCCGUCUGCAGGCCAAACGUCGAGAAUAAAAUACACUACUUGGAGCCGGCGCCGGUGCAAAUUGCUAAACCGCUGAAGCCGGAACGGUACAUAGGUCGACCGUGUAAGAAAGAUACGCAGAUUCUACGUGGUCGCAUCACCAAAGAACCUGUGAGAAGAAAUUACUUGGAGAAUUUAAAGACGCAAAAGAAGCCUUUAGGCAGGACAUUCCCCAACGACUAUGAGAAGGCCUUCGAAACGAAGUAUCAAUGCAAGCGGGUACCUGCAUUCGGCGAUAAGUGCGGCACCAAGCACAAGAAGAAGAAGGGGUCUGGAUACCUGAGGCCUCUGGAGAAGAAACCCGCGGAUACGAGAAAUGCGGUUUGCGGUUGUGCAAGGCCGAUCGCUUGCAAGAAGAAACGCAAUUAGGAACAUUUUCGAUAGGUAUUAGACUCGUGUGUUCAUUUCAAUAAAUAUUUAUAUCUAUUA